UCGUGUACCUCGGUACAGAACUAUGUUGGCAGGCAACACGAGAGGGAAAAGUUUAUAGCGCGCAAUGCGAUUAGCAAUUGUUGCACUGCUCUCGAAUCUGAAGGAAACAGCAAGGCCCGAACGAGGAUGAAGUUCAGUUCAACAUCUCGUUACCCGAUUCGGUAGCUAUGAAAUUUCGUCGAUGCGUCUUGUGUUAUACCACCGUCUCUCCCUUCUACUUGCUCCGCGUUAUCGAUUGUUACGAACGCGCCGACUGAUAAUGCGUUAAAUGCGUACAUUUCCUUCAAAACGAAAUCGCACAUCCUCGUGUCUACUUGCCGGAAAGAAUCAGAUAUCACGGUGCGAUCGGAAUUAUGUACGCCGUGCAAAAUUAACUUGGCGUUUGGAUACUCUGCGGCAUGGAGAUAUGACAGAUACAAUAAUAUCUAUCCUGACAUAUCAACAUGGAGGUAGAAGACUGAAAGCUUGAUAAUAGAAUGGAAUCCAAGAUGCCAGUGAAAUACGACGAUUCUUAAGUUCAGGAUGGAACUUAGAAAAGGGCCUUGGUCGAAAAAAAUCCUGGUUCCAGUUUGUUUCCUGAUAAUUCUCAUCUGGAUCUUUCUAAUCGACAAUUCGCUACUACUCAACAAUCUCUCUGGUAAAUCAACCUUACAAAAACCGAGAAAUUUCGUUUCUUUUGCCCGCAAUCCGAAUCUGGAUCGUCUAACGAUCAAGGAACCCUCUCUGACAAACGACGCCGAAUUGAAACGCGCGAAAGUAUCGAGACUUCAAGUGGUGUCGCUUUGGACAGGCAACAACAGCGUCAAAGGAAACGCAGGAUCCUUACGGAAGUAUCAAAUCUUGAGACAGCAAGGCUUGAUGCCCAGUAAACAAUUGCCAACAGCUUUGAUAAUCGGGGUGAAGAAAGGCGGGACUAGAGCUUUGUUAGAGUUUCUGAGAUUGCAUCCUGCCAUUCGCGCCGCUGGAUCUGAAGUUCACUUCUUCGAUCAUCAUUACAUCAAAGGAUUUCAUUGGUACAGGCACAGGAUGCCUCCGACAUUGUCCACUCAAAUCACAAUGGAAAAAACUCCAUCGUAUUUCGUGACGAGCGAAGUGCCAAGGAGAGUUCAACGGAUGAAUCCAGCGAUGAAAUUGAUUCUCGUAGUGAGGGAUCCAGUUACCCGAGCAAUAUCCGAUUAUACCCAAGUGAAGAGUAAACGAACAAAUAUGCCAAAGUUCGAGGAUCUAGCGUUUCUGAACGGAUCGAAAAUCGUGGACACAACGUGGGUACCAUUGAAAAUCGGGGUAUACGCACGACACUUGGAGAGAUGGCUUCAGUACUUUCCACUAUCGCAAUUUCUGUUCGUUUCUGGAGAGAGACUGAUCGUGGAUCCAGUCGCCGAGAUAACCAGGGUUCAGGAUUUUUUAGGCCUAAAACGAGUUAUCUGUGAGAAACACUUUUAUUUCAACGCCACGAAGGGAUUCCCUUGUCUGCUCAAAUCUGAGGAACGUCCUACACCCCAUUGCCUUGGUAAGAACAAGGGUCGUAGUCAUCCUUACAUAGAUCCUGUAGCCAUACAACGAUUGAGAGAUUUUUAUCGUCCAUUCAAUCAACGUUUCUACCAAUUGACCGGAAUGGAUUUCGGCUGGUCGUGAGAGUAAAUGCGAUAAAGCGAAUACAUAUCGAAGCUAGUCAAGUAAAAGAAUAUAGUCAAUUUUUACAGAGAUACACGCGCGCAUGCGGACACCGUUAGUUUGCACUAGUUGAUAAAUAGUCAGUAAAAGGACGAGAUAUAAUACUGUUCGGUUAGUUUUCAUCCGUUUCUACACCAAACCGAAUAUUUUUUUAUGUACCACGUGAAAAAACGUGAAAAAAAGAAAGGAAGGCACGCGUAUCGUUUCGAUGUGUUGACAAUACACAGAAGAGAGAAUUCCUGUUCUUGUUCGUGAUAUUAACUUUUAGACACGCAUGUAGAUUUAUAGUUGCAGCAAAAUGUUAUCGAUCGUAUGUAUAAUUUUUCGCAUACAUACAUUCCACUAUAUUUUAUACAGGACAUUACGCAAAGAAGUAUAUUGAAAUUUU